AAGUAGCUGCCAUUGUUCCCCACCACCCGACUACGCGAAACCGUCAGUAUUUUCCGACUAUUACGAGGCGCGCAUAUUUACUGCGAGCUGUGCGCAUGGGCUGCUGGAUAUAAUACUCUAUUAGGCCUGGGUUGCUGGCGGAAGGCGCGUCUCGCCGAAGCACACGCGUGAACUCCAGUGCCUUUCACUGUCGACUCGUUCCCUGGGCGGCCAGUCAGAAUAAAGACAAUAAAGUUGCAUAAUACCACGGAAGGACGUUUCCCUGCGACAACCUUCUGCAGCUAUCUCACCUCAACCGUGCAUCUUCGCCUGCUUCUCAUAACAAAGCCGCACGCAUCUAUUCUUCUCCACCCUUCAAGCCAGUCGCAUAACGCGCAGCAUGUUUUUCCUCAAAGAGCUUGAGAAGACAAUCCAGCUGCAUCCAUCAUACUUUGGGCCUCUUAUCCGCCAGCACAUCCACCGGGAGCUGCUGCAGAAAGAGGAGGGUUCGAGCACUGGCAAGUACACCAUCGUGUGUAUCCUGGACUCGUUCGACAUCAGCGAUGGCAAGGUUAUGCCUGGCACUGGCUCUGCCGAAUAUGUGGUACACUAUAAGGCGGUUGUAUGGCGGCCCUACAAGGGCGAGGUGAUGGAUGGCAUCGUCACCUCUGUAUUGCGCACUGGUUUCUUCGUGGAUUGCGGCUCCUUACAGGCCUUUGUGGGUCGCAGUAUGAUUCCUGCCGAGAUCAAGUUCGACGCAAACGCGACGCCCCCGCAGUGGACCGACGAUGGCGAACAAGUUAUCGAGAAGGGAACAAACAUUCGCAUUAAGAUCAAGGGUCUGAGGUCUGAGGUGGACAAGAUGUAUGCUGUUGGGACGAUGAAAGAGGAUUAUCUUGGUCCGCUGCCGUCAUAGUAAAAUCACCGCAGGCGAAGAGGAAGCCAACCGGCAAAAGCGCUGCGCCAGUGGAACAAUCUACCGAUCCAGUCAAUAAGACUACAACCCAACAUGUUCGCACGACGAUCCUUCUGACAGGCUUCAUCAUGAUUUCAGGAGAAUAGUUUGGAAAGUUCAGCCUAAUCUUGGCCGUAUUGUUAUUAAGUUGGGGUGGUGGCAUUGCCCAGAAAUCAAGAUUCAGUUCAUACAAGCGAAACAGACGUUUAGAC